UAUACAUCCGGUGAAACAUCUGGCUAGUUGUUCUAUCUGUGGAAAUAUCGUAUUUGGAGCUAGCAAACGGAAAAAUGUUUCCCAUAUUUUGUCAAACUUUUUAUUAAUUCGACGAAAAUAAUGGAUAUGUUCAGUAAACUGACACAUCUCUUUCAACAGGCGUUGGAGACCAGGGAGCCAUCAGUAAAUUUAUUGGACUCUUUCGUGGACCACUGGAAAGGGAUAACCAAUUAUUACAUUGAAACUACAGUUCAAACGAGGCCUGUAAAGCAGACAGACAUCCCAUGGCGAUUGAAGCAGAUGCUGGAUAUCUUAGUUUACGAAGAGGGCCAACAGGGGCAGGAGGAGAUGGGCCCUUGUAUGGAGUACCUCCUACAGCACAAACUGCUGGAGACCCUCUGCACCCUAGGCAAAGCACAGUACCCCCCAGGAAUGAACCAGCAGGUCCUGGUGUUCUUCUCCAAGAUCCUGGUACAAAUCCAAAAGCCAAUGCUUCACAUCCUCAAUGUGUAUAGGCCAGUCCAGAAGCUGGUUCGUCUGUGUGGUCUUCUGGAAUCGCAGACUGAGAAAGAGGAGGCUCAGUUUAUGUUUGUUGUUUGCUCCAGGGUGAAACAAGAUCCGUAUGUUCUCAACUACAUUUUAGAGAUUAAAAAGGAUAAUCACUCCAAGAGGUCUAUUUCUACCUCUGAGGAUACAGAAAAAGGGAGAAGUGGAGAAACUGUGUCUUCCAAUUACCCCACAGCUUCCAACCCUGCCUCCACCUCCAGUCCUCAACAGCACUCACCCACUGACUCUCCAUCCACUAUUUUCCCAGCCAAUGCAGGCCUCAUCCAUGUCUUGGUCCACUUGAGCAGAAGCCAGAAAAGCAGAGUUGCACUGAAAGCCUUUGAGAGCUUGCUGCUCCUUGUCAGCAUACCAAAGGAAGAUACUGCAGUGUGCCUAGCUGAAAGCACCCCACUGUGUCAGCUACUAGCUGAGAGGUUGUGUGAGCUCUUCAGCCAGCUCCCGUCUACGCUGGAACCUGCAGACAUCCACAGUUUCCCCCAGACCCACUGGAAGUUGUUCCAUUCUCUCAGAGCGGGUAUGCAGGAAAGCCAGUCGUUUCCUGGUAGUGAGCACAUGGAGAGGUUUUUCGCUUGGCUGGACUUCCUUGACCAUCUGAUGAGGGAGGCACCAAAGGAAAAAAAAAAAAAAAGAAUACUUUCCGAAUGCACUGUAUCUGGGACAUAUGGACUAUUAUUAAUCAGUGGUUUGUGUUUUAGGUCUGAGAUGGGCGUGCUGGUGAACACGGCGCUGCUGUGCUGCUCGGUGCGUCACAUCCAAUCCCCUGCCAUGGUGGAAGAGCUGGUCUCAUUCCUCCUAGGCAGACACACACAGAGCGAGCAGCGCUUGGACACAGAGAGUCAUGUGCUGCGUUAUCAACUUAUAGAGCACUGUGACCACAUCUCCGAUGAGAUCAGUAUCACUACUCUGCUCCUGUUUGAAGAGCUCCUACAGAAGCCUCACAGGGACAUUCUCUUCAACCUGGUCCUGAGGAACCUGGAGAACCGCUGCUACGUGACACGCACUCUGGGGGGAGGGGAUGAUUGCAGGCAUUUCACUGACACCGAUCCCGUGGAGGAGAACGAAGAACUAGAGGAGGACCCUUUCUUCACAGACAUGUACGGCGAGGAUGAAUUCAACAGCUCAGAGCAGCUUCUGCAUCGACCCCAGCUCAUGAGAGAACAUCGCUGCAGUGGACAAACUCAAGCAUUGGACAUUGUAAACAGUUUUCUGUGUUUGGUCCCUCAAGAAGCAAAAACCUCUCAGCAUGUCCAAGGUGCCCGAUAUGAAACUUAUGUCCAUGACGCUCAUGAGCAGUUUAAAGAGUGCACUGCAUUCUUGCUCGAUUGGGAUUGGCCGGAGUCCCUCAAACCAACCGAGUUGUCUGUAUCCAGUUCUGAUUUCUUCGAAGGCCACUUCCUCAAAGUCCUGUUUGACAGAAUAGGCCGGAUCCUUGAGCAGCCCUAUGAGCUGAACCUCCAGGUGACAUCGGUGUUGUCCAGGCUGGCCGUGUUCCCUCAUCCCCACCUCCAUGAGUACCUGCUGGACCCCUACAUCAUCCUGGCCCCUGGAGCCCGCUCCCUGUUCUCUGUGCUCAUCAGGGUGAUAGGCGAACUGAUGCAGAGGAUCGAGGUGAUCCCAAACUUCACAGAGAAGCUUGUGCAUGUCCGAAGGCAGCUGAUGGGCCUGGAUGGGGAGUCUGGAGUGGAUCACAUGCUCCUGCUUAAGGGAGUGAUCAUCYUGGAGGAGUUUUGUAAGGAGCUGGCGGCCAUUGCCUUUGUGAAACUUCCCGCCAACAACACUGACACCUUGUGAAUCCUUGAACGGAACACUCAGUCAGAAGACGGAUGACACCGGUCACAGCUGCUUACGCGUAAACUAAGCCAUAGAUGACAGGAGGUACAAGGACAAUAGUUGUUCUCCAAAGAUGAGGCAUUGGUACUUGCGAGAAUAGAAAAUGUGUAAGAUUCAUCUCCAUUUUUAAGUUUAUUGUAAAUGCUGAAAUGUUUUGCUUUGAGUUUAGCUUAUGUUACAUGAUGACUAUGCAAACAAUAAUAACUAUCUUAAGCAAAUUAUCACACCUGGAAGUAAAUUAUGCAGUUGAUCAAAUCAAUGUAAAAGGUUGCGUUCCAUCUUGUCUUUGUAACAGUUGCGUAUAUAAGAUUGCUGUAGGCUAUGCUAUCCCUCGUUCCUGAGAGGUAUUCAUAGUGCUUAUGUAGGAUCAUGUUCUUGUUCAUUAUGGUCUAAAAGGCUAAACUGAUCCUGGAUCAGCACUUUUAAUGAAGCUUGAUAUGAUCAUCUGGGCUGUGAGACUGGUUGGAACAACCUAAAACUGCAUUAUCCAGUUUAACUAUUGAUACUUUCUGUUUGCAUGGCGAUGAGUCAGUCCUGGAGGCAGAACUGAGCGGUUUCCGCUAGAUGGGCCAGGUACAAAGUCUAAAUAAAUUAAUACCAAAAAGCAAAUGUUUUAAUAUAAAGGUUAGGUUUAAAAUUAUUUGUACUUUGUGGCUGUGCCAGCUAGCAACCACUCUAUGGAGUUGCUUCCAGAUUAAGAUUCAUGACAAAAAACACUAUGUGCUUGCCUUUUCACAUUUUAUUUCUGUGUUGAGGUGAUGUCUUAUGUGGACCAGGGUCACUAUACACAUCGGUCUUAAUACAUUGUUUUAAACAUCA